AUGCUUUCUCAGCGCCUCGCGAUUUUCCGACCAUUUUCAUUCAACAAGUCUUUCAGUGUAUCGAAAUCACUUGUCCUAGUAGUGCUGAUCUUUUUCAUAUUCUUGGCUUCGCUUUCUGGUAUUCUCAAUUCCAGCAAAUCCAACUUCAUGUACUCCUUACAGAACAAAUGGACAACCACUUCUUUACAGCCCUCUGGAACUGACAUUUCUCCUACUAAUAUUAGCCACAUUGUGUUCGCAAUCUCAAGCUCUAACAAGUUAUGGCCACGGAGAAGAAAUUACGUGGAAGCCUGGUGGAGACCGAAUAGUACUAGUGGAUACAUAUUCUUCGACAAACUGCCCCAAAAUCCCUGGCCAAAUUCUCCCAUUUUCAAAGUUUCUGAGGACACUACAAAGUUUCAGGUCUUCUCAAGCCACGCAAAUCCUCCAGUGAUCCGUAUAGUGCGUGCCAUUCUUGAGGCCUAUCGUGCUGAAGAGGAACCAAGAAACGUACGAUGGUAUGUUAUAGGAGACGAUGACACCAUAUUUUUUGUUGAUAAUUUGGUGAGUCUUUUGAAGAGGUAUGAUCACACAAAGUACUUCUACAUUGGUGGCAUUUCAGAGUGCAGAAAAUCCAAUGAUGAUUUUUCAUUUCAUAUGGCAUAUGGUGGUGCUGGAUUCGCGUUGAGCAGACCUCUGGCAUCAGCACUCGUGACACAUCUGGAUUACUGUAUUGAGAAAUAUAAGUUGCUUGCAGUGAGUGAUAUCAUUUUGCAGUCUUGCAUAGCUGAUAUUGGAGUUUCCCUCACUCCUCAUAAGGAAUUUCAUCAGAUUGAUCUAGUAGGAGACAUUUCCGGAUAUCUGUCAUCUGCACAAUCUCCGUUAGUUACCCUGCAUCACCUUGACAGUGCACUUCCAAUUUUCCCCUCGAUGAGUCGUUACGAGUCAGUAAAGCAUCUAAUGAAAGCUGGAAAUUCAAGUCAUCAAUCAAGGCUUCUGCAACAAACGAUCUGCUAUGACAAGCACAGAAACUGGACUUACUCCAUUUCAUGGGGGUACUCUGUCUACAUUUUUGAACAGAUUUAUCCGAGGAGCGUUCUUAGAAAGCCUCUGGAGACGUUUCGUCCAUGGAAUCCAAGAUCAAGACCGCCACAUUAUAUGUUUAAUACGCGCAAGCUUGAGCCGGAUGGUCCAUGCAAAGAUCCACAUGUUUUCUUCUUUGAAUCACAAAAUGUCACUGCAGGGGGGCAUCUUGUUACUAGCUAUACUAAAUCCCGGCCUUAUAGACGGCGCCUGCCCUCUUGCUCAACAAAUUCAGCUGAUCAUGUUUCCAAGAUUCAGAUCUCAUCAACACUUGCAAGUCAUGAGAUGGACACCGGAGCCCAAUGUUGCGACCUCCUCAAUACCCACCAUAGGAAUAUCACAACAGCUAAACUCAGGACUUGCAUGGAGGGUGAAAUAGUAGCUUAA